UUCGCGAUACCAUGUAACGCAAAACGGAAAACCCCUUUUCACCUAAUUAUGAAAACGGAAAAUGGACUUUCAAUUUUAUUCAUAAUUAAUUUCGAAUUUUGGUUGUGCACAAAGCAGAAAUGAAAAAGUAGCGCAAAAAAGUGUCGCGAUACCCCUGGAGCGCUGCCAUAACUAAUGUUUAUUGCUUUCUGAUUUUGCGCCACAUACAGCGUAACAAGGUCAUCCCUAUUCCUUGUAAGGAAUUAGAAUUAAAGUUGGGUUUAUCAUUUCCGAAGUGGACUUUGCAAUGAACAUUAAAUUAAUAUCGGCCCAAGGUAUAUGUAGCCGCAAUAUCUAUCGACUUUUGAGGAGGAAUUCAGCAUCGCAAGCAAUAAGGCCGUUCUUUUAUCAAGAUAUAUUGCAAUUGGAGAAACCACCAUAUGCAGACACACCUUUUCGAAAGCUAACGGGUUCGUAGGAGUAUUUCUAAAUACUCAGCGCAUUUAUAGGAGAUCUGGUUUCUUUUAAGGAGUUUGACAAUAUACGGCUUCUGAAAGUCGAUUCGUUGGCACUAACGUUAUUGUCCGAGCAAGCCAUGAUAGACGUUGCUCAUCUGCUAAGACCUGCUCACCUGCAAUCUCUUUCAAAUAUCCUCAAGGAUCCUGAGGCAUCUAGCAACGAUAAGUUUGUCGCACUUGAACUCCUGAAGAAUGCCAAUGUCGCAUGCGGUAUGAUCCUACCUGGUUGUCAGGAUACUGGCACGGCUAUAUGUAUGGGGAAAAAGGGUCAGUUCGUCUGGACAGAUGGGGAUGAUGCAGAAUCUAUUUCACGUGGUGUAUAUAAUACAUACACAUCCAAGUUCCUUCGUUACUCUCAAGUUGCUCCGCUAGAUCUGUUUACGGAAAAAAACACUUGCACUAAUCUACCAGCACAAAUUGAAAUAUAUUCAACGAGCGGCAGCGAAUACAAUUUUUUAUUUGUUGCGAAGGGUGGAGGGUCUGCCAAUAAAACUUUCUUGUAUCAACAGACAAAGGCUCUUCUCAAUCCUAAUAGUUUGUACUCAUUUGUCAAUGAGAAGAUUAAAACGUUGGGAACUGCCGCUUGUCCUCCGUAUCAUUUGGCGGUUGUUAUUGGUGGGACCUCAGCUGAAUUUACUCUAAAAACUGUGAAGCUUGCAUCAUGCAAGUACUUGGACCAUCUUCCAUCAACAGGUCUGUUUGUGUUUUUUUCGCCAGUCAGAUCACAGUUUCCCAACUUCUCAUGUUUGAAAGUGGUACCUUGAUUAUGUUGGAAAACAGGACUUUAACUAAAUACACUAACUUGCCAUUUUAUCAGACUAGUACUUUGGUUAAAGCAAAAACACGAAGGUGACAUUUUUGGGUGACAUGAAAUGACCCUGCUGUUACUGAUGUACAAAGCACUCAUAAUUCCUAUGUAAUAUUUGGAUAUCCAUAAAAACGAACCUAAUCCAGUCUCCAAGUGAUAACUGUAAUAAAACUAUUCAUUUUGCCAUGAUGUACAAGGAGCGCCUCAGUGUUAUAGUCUGUGAAUUACAACAACGGUUUUUUAAAACCAACUAAACAUGUUAUUCCUCAAGUAACCAUUGCUUAAGUAGUUUCUUGUACUGACAUAAACUCCUGGUUCAUUUAUGUGUUCCUUUAUGCGGUUAUUAUUUGAUUUUUUCAUUUUACCAAGUGUGUUUUUCAGGAGGGCACUAAAAACGUGAUUCACACAAACGGAAUUGAUGAUACAUCCACGGUAUAUAUAUAUUCUGUCAUAGUAUGGGCAACUGAAGUGUGAAUUAUCAGUUGUUAGUGACUUCAUGGGCCGAUGCUACGUUUUGGUUUGGUUGCCCCUAGCUUUCUCACAGCCUACUCCCGCAUCGGGAAACAGCGCCCGUCAGUAAAAGAUGUAGCGAAGAAAUAAAUAAACCUUUUCAAGGUCCUGUACGAUUAGUCACAUCAGAACUUAUGUGGUGAGCUACCAUCAGCAUUUUCAAUCUGAAGUGUUAGUUAGACAUGCCCACUACCUCUAUUUGUAUUUAAUUUCGCCAUAGAUGUCCUAAAGACCAUAAUUUUUCCGUCUAGCUUUUCAGUGGUUGAUUCCUCUGGAGAGUCACUAGUUUGCUUAGCGUGCUCAGAGGACGCAGUCCUAUUCUAUGAAGACGCUGACACAUUGUGAUCUCUUGAAUUUCUUGAGUAACAAUCUAAGCACAUUUGAGAUGCAUUUUUCUUUAAAUAUGGAAUGUUACUUCAAGACUGGUAUACAUCAUUGCCUAAACUGAUCAUAUUGAGUAAAUCAGCUCAACUCAGUGACCAUCACCUAUCUUGGAAUUGUUAUCAGCCCUGUUGUGUUGGUGGGUGACGAUAUUUUGGUCUGGGUUCAAAAGUCUGUCUUUUGACUAUUUCCAUUGCUUGUGUAAUAAGCGAGACGCCCGUCUAUCUGUUAAAAGACAUCUAUUUAUUUGAGCAAAAAUAUUGGUGCAAAAGGGCACCAGAUACAUAUGCACCACAAGUCACUUGGUUUGUGUGUGGGCUGUGAUACUGCCCGGGUGCCCAGAGCGAACCAGGUGGUUUUUUAGAGGCUUUUGACCUAAGGGUCUGAUCCACAAGGCAGUGGAGCAACGUUAGGAGAUGUAGUCCUAUGGUAGCCGGUAACAAACGAUUGGUUCAUAAGCGAUUUCUUCCUUCAGGAUACUGGAGUUCAUGUGCAUCAUUGGUUUGGAAUCAGGGUUUUCCAACUCCCUUAGGUGGACCCUCCAUAUCCACCAACCCGGUUAAAGCGCCGGACAUUCGCUUUCUGUCCUUUCGAUUUUGUAAAUAACACCCUGGUGAGAGAAUAUAGUGAGUAGAACUUCCGUGGAACUGGCUGUAUAUAUGUGGCCACGUGAGAGCAUUUCGAGAGGGAGAGGUAGUUCUCGUCACCCUCGGCCAUACUAGAGCAUGUUGGGGCGUUAAAAAGAGAAAUGUAGUGUGUAUAAAUCCUCUUUAUGUUAUUUUGUGGAUGUGGAACAUAGUGUGUAGAAAUAAAGGACGUAGAAAGACUUCAGGUUUUUGAUUAUAAGUGUCUUUAAAGUGUUAAUCAUGUAUCGUGGUGUGAUCGGUUGAGUAGUGACGAGGUUAGGUGCAAGGUGUUGGGCGAAGAUUUCAGAUCAAUUGGUACGACUAAAUUUUCACUGACGUAGCUUGUACGUGUGUUACACGUGCAAAAUCACUGUUUGCGUGAAUGUACAGUGUCUGAAGUGAGGGUAAGUUUUCUAAAAGCCAGAGGCAACCAAACAAAAAUGUAUUGUCAUUUGGUAAAGUGGUUGGCUAUCAGACUGGAUUCUGUUGAUAAAUCAAAGCUACUUAGUUGACAUCCAAGUGAUAACCACGAUCACUUGUGUAAGACGCUGAGUGAGAUGGUUCAGAAUUGGUGGCAGUAUGCAGUUGCUUGUACUUUAGAUCUUUUAAUUUGGUUUUUUUCAGAAUCAUUCGGUUUUCGCAUAUUCUCACUAUCGUUGCCACUACAAUCAUUUUAAACUCUCUGUUAUUCAACUUGCUAAUUUAAUCUCGUUCCGAUCGGGCUCGCGUUGUUGGGUUAACGUACAUUUAUUUCAGGCUCUACCUUAAUCCUUACUGACAUUAAGAAAUGUAAGAGAUAGCUCGUACAGUCAGUAAAUAAAUAAACAUCCAUAGUAUUUCAUAAAAUGGACAGUCCAGUUAAAAAUAUAGUCAAAAUAAGUUUCGUUCAGCUAAGGUUUAUCCUACUUUUACUAUGAUCUUAGCGGGAAGCUACAGUAGGGUCACCAUCGACUUUUAUUUCGAAUCAUAUUUUCGAUGAAAUCUCAAGUCAGUGAGUUUCAUGAUUUGUGGGACUCCCGCCAUUAAGUUUUGAUAAUCCGUAUCAUAUCAUCUAGCCAAAUAAUGCACGGUUGAAAAUCAUCUGGAUAACAUUCAUGAAAUACGUCUAACCCACAAGAGCCACUGUUUGAAGUGUUUAUUUGUGCAGAUCUACAGCUUUUGUUGAGUAACAUGACACAAUUUUUAUAUUUUCGUAGUGUUAUUAGAAAUGGGCCUUUUUUAAAUCAUGAGAAGUGUGGAAGUAAGUUCACUAAUUACCUACCUUCAAGCGUAAAUUCUCGUGUGAAAUAGGUGUCCUUAUGCAUACCCGAAAAUUUCUUUUCAAGACAUCUUUUCCACUCUGUUUACUGAUCCUGUGUUUUGUUCAGUAUUUAACAGAUGAUUGCAUGUUAAAUCUAGGUAAUGAACAUGGAAGAGCUUUUCGUGAUCGAGAGGCUGAAGAAAAAAUAUUGGAAUUAACUCGGAAAGUUGGGAUAGGAGCACAGUUUGGGGGAAAAUACUUCUGUCAUGAUGUACGGGUAAUCCGCUUGCCCAGACAUGGAGCAUCAUGUCCCGUUGGUAUUGGCGUCUCUUGUUCUGCAGAUAGGCAGGUAUUUUAUAUCAAAACCACCGUUUUUGUAGACUUUCUUAAAUUGCUUUUACUAUUUAGUUGAGCAGUAAGAAAGCUCAAUGAGAACUGACUGGACUUUAAAGUUUUAUUAAUAAUUCCUGUAACAUUGUGAAGUGCGACUACACAAAAUCUAAUCGUAUUUUUAUUUAUAUAACUGUACACAACAUAUCUUGUUUGUUAGCCGAUAUUCUGUUCCAGAGUUCUGCCUGAUUUCUGUUUAUUAUGCUGAAUUUAAUUCUGCCGCGUUCCUCAACUAAGAAAGGAGAGUAGUACCUAUGAAGCAAGUAGAAACAUUUAAGUACAUGAAUUCAUAUUGCAGGACAUAUCUACUAAGCAUAAGUAACAUCACUACUAAAAGUACCUCGUAACAAUAUCUACAACUGUUUCCAAGUGUUUCAAUAGUUUAACUUUACUUCUGUUAAUAUAUUAUGAAGCUGAUUAAUCUGUGUCUAUAUUGACUCCUGUUUUACUUAUUUCUUCAUUCAUAUCUAAUAUCUUCCAGUUAUAUGGAAAACUUGUGUAGACGCCUUUCUUAAGUGAGCUCCCUUUGGAAACACAUAUUAACGCAGCUUAAGGUUCAUGGGCACAUGUUUACUUUGCCAAACUCAUUAUUUUGUAAAACUGAUUAUCAGUUUUCGUGCUACUUUUUCGUGUAUUGUUGUGCAAUUACAAAUAAAGUAGUGUCGGCCCUUCGUUGUGUAUUUGGCAACGACCGUUAUCAAAAAGUUACAUCAGUUGUGAUUAGUCAACAGAUAAUCUUUUAUUUGAGGGCUGUACGUUUUCGUUCAUGAUAUUUCGGACUGCAUUUAAUCAGUAUCUCUUGGGAUAUGUGCAUCCUGAAUGACUCGCUUUACUCAUUAACCUAGUGGAUAAUGUGUUUGCAUUUAAAGCGAUUGAUAUUGGUUUUAAUUAUCAAUGUAAGCAUCAACACUACGUUUCAGGUAUAUCCAACCAUUGGGUUUUAACUCGGACAAAACUUGUGCUUUGUACUUCACUGCUAACCAAAAUCUGAAAAUAUGCCAGGGAAUCUUCCAUUCAGUGGUUAGCUGGCUUUUAGAAAAAUAUUUAUUCAUUGGAUCCUCUCUAGUUUUUUUUCGAACGACGGUUAUUUUUUUAAAAUGAAUGCUGUUCGAAUCAUUACAAAUCUGUGUGCUGUAAUCAGGUAUUCAAUCCCUUUUAGAUUCUGGGAAGAAUAACUAAUGACGGAGUUUUUCUUGAGCAGUUAGAAAGUGAUCCAUCUAAAUAUUUACCUGAUCCAUCUUUUAAUCAACUUCCGACUGAUGUUGUGAAAGUGAAUCUAAAUCUCCCAAUGAAACAAAUUUUAGCUGAACUUUCUAAGUACCCAGUCAAAACUCGUUUAUCAUUAACUGGGACUUUAGUUGUCGCUCGUGAUAUCGCCCAUGCAAAGAUCAAGGAACGUCUUGAUUCUGGCCAACCAAUGCCUGACUAUUUACGUAAUCACCCAGUAUAUUACGCUGGUCCAGCUAAAACACCUAUGAAUUAUCCUAGUGGGUCUUUUGGACCAACCACAGCUGGUCGCAUGGAUUCUUAUGUUGAUCAGUUUCAACAGGCCGGAGGAAGUAUGAUUAUGUUGGCCAAAGGUAACAGAUCAAAAGCUGUAAGUCAGUGUUUGUUAACAUGUGAACUUGUCUUGUUAACUUACUGCAGAAUACACUUGCUUUUUUUAAAUAUUCUGAACUGUUCUACGUAGUCACUUAUUUCACUUAGUAAAUAAUAUUGUCUUUUGUGAUAUGAUUAUUUUUGGCAGCUCAUGUGUUUACAGAUCAUUUAAUCAACAAUCGAAAACAGUGUUUAAUAAAGUUUCCAUUGUAGACUGUUACUGAACUGAUAGAACAGCUGAAAAUAUUUUCUCAUUGUACAGACGGAGUUGACCAUACACAAUUCUGGAUAAAGGUGCUCGUGUCGUAUUGUUUAGUAUACUAUGUUUUACGAUCAGGCGAACAUUGAGUUAACGUCAAAGUGCUCCUGAUUAUUAUAACAUAUUCCAGUCUUUGUAGUGUAACAACUGUCUGUCUCACUAUCAGCGUUCAUACAACUUUCUAGAUACACAAACUUUACUCUUUUCAUUGGUUAAUUAUCUACACUCACUUCAAGUACAAUACUUUUCUAAUUGAUAAUCAAACACUAUUUCUGCAAACUCAUCGUCUACUGUACAACUAGGAUUUGAUUAACACCCAUAUAGCCUCACUUAUAAUAUAGUGGAAAAGUCGAUAGAUGCAGACUACUUAAUUUGGGUCCAUGUGGCUAUCGUAACCAAUGGUUGGAGAGUGGGUGACAUGGCUCAGAAUCGAUCAUAAUGACGUAGGUGUAUACACUCUCUGUCUUCUCUUAAGCUAUGAGAUUAAAAUUGCUUUAUACAUUUCUUUCUGCCAACUAAUUCUUUCUUCCUGUACUAUAUUUUUAUAUGCAAUCUUUCCAUAUAUUUCCACCAAUGAAUUUACUACUUCUAUGAAUUCGGUGUUCACUUUGUUGUGCUAAUUUGAACCGAUGCAUAUAUAUGCCUGCUCCUACGUUGUAGCUGACUGACUGACUGAGUGGGAAAGUCUGUCUUGUUUGUUGAUAAUAGUUUUGAGUUUAUGUUAACUAGUGGGAUCGGGAGCAUGAUCCUCUCAAAUGCUUCAAUCUUGGACGGAAUAGUCCCCUAUACCCUCGCUUGUUUUAGCUGCUCUUCGUUUACCGACUGUAGUUGGGGAUCGAUCCUAAUAUACUUUUUGUUCUUUGAUUAAUGUCACUGCGAUAUGUAUAAUACAACAUUAUUACAUAUCAAAGGAAACACUGACUACUGAAUAUUUUGUUAUAAAACAAUCAGUGUGAAGUGCGUUUUUAUGUUAUUUUUAACUGGAUAUUUGGAUCUUUGUUUUAAUAUUACAGGUGGGAAAUGCAUGUAAAAAACAUGGAGGCUUUUAUCUAGGUUCAAUUGGUGGUCCAGCUGCAAUUCUUGCUCAGAAUUGUAUAAAAAAAGUUGAAGUUCUUGAAUAUCCUGAACUAGGUGUGUUAAAUAUCUUAUUAAAUUAAGCUAUUGUUUUAUUUUGAGAAUUUUCAUCACUUAAACUAAUUCUUUGUAAUUGAUAAUUUAGGGAAGACAAUUUUUAUUUUUAAUCUGUUCAAUCUUGACAAGUAGGCUUAUCUAUAAAACUUAAAUUGUCGAUUAUCUAACAGUCAAAUUUAUUCAAGAUUCUCUUCAUAUAUGUAUUAAGUUAUUGUUGUUCCUUAAAUUGAAAAGGUUUUAUCACGUAGGUUUUUUUUAAAUAUUAAACUGUAGAAAGAGUAUAGAAAAUUCGACUUGAUCUUAAUUUUUGUAAGUUGAGACAAGUCAUACCCUUGUUACUUGUUUUAUGUUCAAGGAAGCUGCUUUAGUUAGGUUCAUCAUUAGGAAUCAAGUCAGAAUUUCAUAUGUCGCCAUAUUUGUUUAAUAAAUCGUCGCGCUUUUUCAAAAAAACAUGCAGUUUAGACUACUGUGUUCCUUGUGACUAUUGCGUCAAGAUGUCCAUUUUUUAGUCAUGGUAGCUACUUUUCUAAGUACUAAUCUUCAUUACUAUUUUUGUUAUUUCCUAUUAAGAGGAAAGAGAAUGAAUAAUUCCAGUGUCAUAGUUGAAAUUGCAAGAAUCCUCAUUACUACACAGGUAUCUGCUCAAAUAUCAUCUGUAACACAGUAAAUAAAUUUCAUGUUUACUUUUUUUUAACUAUAUGCUUCAUUCAGCUGUUAUGCCUUGGUAAUACAUCUAUAAACACCUUAUGUUGUUUCUUUGUACAUGGAACUUGUUAGGUGUUUAUAUAUAUUUCAAAGGCGUCAUAAAUAAUCUAGUCUGGCUAAUAUCGCACUGUAUCUUGGUGUUCGGACUAAAAUUUGUCAUGUGUUAACUCAUCAGAACUGACCCGACUCUAGCCAUUCGCCACCAUGUUUCCUGUUGUUAAUUAGGCCUGUCAGCAGUCAUAUACUGAUUUUAGAUAAGUUUUAAGUUAUAUUUUAAAAAGAUCCACAUAUUUGAUAUCAGAAUAAAUAUAAUCUUCAAGGAAACGAUUAUUGUACAUGGUUCUAUAUCAUGGGUCACUGUCGAAGCUGUGUAUUAUUGAUCUAAGGUGUCACACAAAUUGUUACCAACGGCUUAAUUUUAAUUAUUUUUUGUGUGCAGUCAAUCUUAUCACUGUAUCCUUUUGUUUCGAAUUAACAAUAAUAUUCAUACUCAUGGUUAAUAAAAUACUAGGCUCAAUAGUUUUAUUGAUUGUAGAUUAAUUCAUUCAUCUUUCCAUUUUCUAUAAGAAUUUCUAACAUAUGGCAACACUUUUUCAUAUUUUCUGUUUAAUAAUGAUUAUUAUCGUGUAACGUUUGAAAAGGUACGUUCACUCCUUGUUUUUUUUUAUAUUCUGACUGUUCAUUCAAUUGAUUAUAUAUAUAUAUAUAUAUUUAUUGUUUCAGGAAUGGAGGCCAUUUGGCGUGUUGAAGUUGUGGAUUUUCCUGCUUUCAUAGUUAUCGAUGAUAAAGGCAAUGAUUUCUUUAAAGAAUGGCAAGUAGAAUGAAAAAGAAACUAAUUGGCGAAAUACUUUUAAAAAAUAUCUGAAAGUUUUUCUUUCUAAUUUCAUUUAUUGGUUUAUCAAUUUAUCUGGUCGUAUCUAUUUUCAUUGUUUAAUUUUUUUGUUGGAACUUGUUCUUUAAUUGUGAAUACAAGUCAUUCACAAUAUACAGCUACUCAGGUGUGUUAUCUUAGUGUCAGAUGUUAAGCAAUUAAUUGAUUUGAUGACUGUAAUCUUCUGUGCUAUUUUUUUAAAACUUCACUUAUUUCAUUAAAAUAAAACCAUCUUAACUGAAUCAAUAUUUCAGUUGUCUUACAACGGGGUCGGUUUCUUACAGUCUGCAAACAUUGGUUAACUAAAUUUAAUGUUUUUAUGUAUAAAUUAUUUUAAGGCAUCUUUACGAGGAAGCAAUAUAGUUAGUUAAUUUACGUAAAUGAAAAUGAUCGAGACCAUUUUUCACAAUCGUUUAUUGUUUAAUUUAACUUGCGACAUUGAUUCGAACAUUAAUGUGGAAGUAGGGUCAGUUUUACUGGACGAAAUUUGGUCCCAUCAUAAAAUAUUUUUUUCCAAACAGCUUAACUCGGCUGUUGUUUUAAUUUCCGGUACAUUUAGUGAAUAUUGAGUUUUAUGUCCUAAUGGUAUACUUUUCUAGUAAAAUAACCCAACAUUGACAUCUUGAGUCAUCACGACAGGUUUCCUAAGUCUGAGUUCUUGACAAAAUCCACUGGUAUUUACGUGUGAGCAGCGUUAAAAUAUUGGUAUUUUCUAAAGUAAAAAUAUAUGUAGAUAAAUGUAAGCAGACGUGGAUAGUGGCUAGAAGUGGAAUUCAGGACUCGCGUUUCGUCGUACUUGGGACAAAUCAGCUGGAUGUACCUGCAUCUCAGAGUUGAUGUUCACUCUGGCACUCGAACUCAGUACCGUUCGCUUCAAACACCA